GGAGAGGAGGAGGAGGAGCAGCAGCAGGAGCAGGAGCAGCCCUGCUUUCGUCUCAGUCUCAAAGCACGGAAUUGAUUGAGUUUGAAUUCCACAUCCAGUUGAAGUUUGGCUGCUGUUGCCUUCCGCAGGCAGGCUGGUUGUCAGAAUACCCUCUCAGCAGAGAGGUGUGGACCAGAUUGGAUUCCUAGAUUUGCAGCCGGCAAGACACCUGCCCCACCUUUGCUGAGGGGAUUUCUCUGCUGGGCAUUGUUCCUGUCAUCAACUUUGUGCUGUGGAGCCAGCCAGCUGGGUGCAACUGAAAAUAAUAGCUCCUUGGCUCUGUCUGUCGCUUGGGCAAGCUGCAGCACUGUGAUUCAGAAAGUUCAUCCUGUGGCUUCUCUGUCAAACCAAGGAGUGCUUCUGAAUGGAUUUCCUCUUAAAGACAGUACUUGCAUUCUAAAACUUGAGAAUUCAUGGCUUUAUUGUUGUGUUUUGUUUUUUUCUUUUCAAUUCCUUAACCCUUAUUUUGGUUGCAGCAAUAAGCUACAGGAUAAGAGUCAACCCAGGAUCCAGGGGCAUGUGCCAGUUUUGGAGGCCACACAUAAGGCCAUUUCAGGCAGCACUGUGGGCUAAGCCCAAGGUAUCAGCCAGCAAUAAUUACUAGAAACAGACUGAAAAGAGCAGAACAGGCUAUUGCUGCCCAAGGUGAUCUCUGUUAAGCACCCUGCCAUUAUAUAAGGGGAAGAACCAGAGAACCAACCGUCUAAACCUUGAGUGAGAAAAUGAAGCGGUUGUUGCAAGAGUCAGAGGAAGAAAUCAUAGUCACCUUGGGACCCUCCUCCAAGCUUUCUCCAGAGAAAGUUAAGGCAGAGACUGUGUGUAGCAUCAAAAACAAGUCCUCAGGCCCUGCUGGAUCCUUACCGGAGGACAACUCCCUGCUUCCUUGCUGUGGGUCAGCAGCCUCAGUCACUGGUAGAGAUAAAGAUGGGGAUCUGGUCCAGCUUUGCAGCUUUGGGCAGCAUGCCAACAGCCAGCUUCCUCUGGGCUCUACCUCCAGUGUUUCAGAGUCUGGUUCUCAGGACUUUUCAUCUGCCAGCAUUACCACAAACUGUCAAGAGUCCUCAGAGAGGAGCCAAGCCAAGUCCCUUUUGUCCAGAGGCUCUGGCCACGAACAGCGAGAGCCUUUAGGGGAUGUAGUAGAAUAUAUCAUCAGAGAGCUGCAAGGCAUCAGCCGUCUGCAGAGUGAGAUUGCUGAGCUGCAGCAGCACUUGAGCCAAGUCCGAGGAUCAGUGGAUGAAGUAUCAAGCUGUGUAGACUCUGUACUGAGUGAAAUAGAAGGCUUGCAUGUGGGCAGCAGCUCCCUGACCAAGAUGUGUGAGCCCUGUAUGGGAAGACCCAAUGAGGAAGCCAUUCUGUACCUGUAUGGACUUCCUGAACAAGAAGGGGAAAAUACUAUAGAACUGGUGGACAACUUUUUAGCCAAACAUCUCUGUGUCAAUGGCAUACAGUGCAGCAGGUACAUCAAAGAGGCUUACAGGGCAGGCAAGGCCCCUGCUCCCAGGCCUACCGUGGUGAAGCUUGCACAUCUGGAGCACAGAGACUUUAUCUUACAGAAGUCCAUCCUCUUGCAGAGUGUGGGGGUUCAGGUUGCCAGCAGAGAACCAAGCUGGUCACAGAGCUGUAAGAAUCUACAAAUGGAGUCUAUAUCAUUUUUGCAGCAACUUCAAAAUCAUAGUGAGAAUUCUUUAAACCAGGAUAAAACAGUUCUUCAGAUGAAAACAUGGGACAGAGGACCAAUGACAAGUUCGUAUCAGAUGAGGGCUCAGAAUCAACAUAGAGAAUAUCAGAUUCCUGACCAGCAAAGUCCUUGCUUCCAACUCAAGAACAAUUUGACAAAGGAAAGUGAUAAGUUUAAGACAGGGGCUGAAGUGAAGGGAACAUCAGGAACAUCCCAGGCUAUCAAUGGCAGCUGUGGUAAAUUAGCAGAGAGAAAGACUUCUCUAUCUCCCCUCCAUCAACUUAAGGAACCUUUCCUAGUGUUAAUCUCAAAAGAGGAAGAUUCUGAGAAAUCUCAGUUUUUUGAAAGGUACAGCCAAGAACUUGAAGCAUGUAAAGUAGCAAAAUUAGAAAAUGACUGCAGCAGUAAGAGUGAGGCCAGCAGCUGCCUGUCACUGCCUGGAUUACUAAAGACAGAAAGAAUAAAUGCAGAAGACAAGCUUCUAGGCUGUGAAGCUGGGCUUGAUAUUCUGAGUUCCAAGCAGCUAGAAGACCUUUUGGCAGACAAGUCUAGAAGGUUUGCAACUCUGAGCUCUGACAGCAUGGUGGAGGAAAUGAUCAUAGGGCCUGAGACUUUCAGUAAUAUGGUUCAUAUUGACUUAAAUGAAGAGGAGGAAUGUGCUGCUCAGGUCCUUAAGGAUGUCUUUGACAAGUCCUCUUGUGUUCUAGGUAGCUUGCAGGAGGACGAGGAUGUGGAAGUGAAGUUUUACACAACUAAACUGGGCCGAGCAAUUCACCAUUUUCGUUCAGCUCUGCAGGGGGUGUUUCAGAAGCUGGAAAACAGUGGGUCCAUCAGUCUUGAAGACCUGGAAAGCAAUGAAAGUGGUUCCCAGUCAGAGAAUAGUGAUCGACUUCUUGGAACAGUGAGUUCAAGGGGUGCCCAGGAUUGCUCUGUGGAGAGUCCUGGAAGCCAAGGGAGUGAGAGCUUGCUCAGCGUGGUCUCUGGUGAAGUAGGCAUCUCUGUACAAAGCAACCAAACCCCUCAAGACCCAAGCAACUUCUCUAUUGCUUCCAAUAACUCACCUCUUACUAAUUCAUUGCCCAGUAUUACUCUGGCCUCAUGUCUGGGAAAUGAGACUUCUUCCAGGCCUGAAUCUCCCAAGCAAGGCAGGCUAAGUCUAGAGCAAGUGUGUGCAGAGACCAUUUACCUCAACAAGUGCAUCAAUAAUUUUAAGAAUGUUCUACGAGAAAAAAGGCUGAGGCAGAAGAAACUUUUACAUGAGCUGGUACAGAAGGCAAACCAUCUCUCAGUAGAAGACAUCCCCUCAGAAGGAAAGCAAGAAGUCCACCAGAUUCCAGAUGAUGGCAACCCCUGUCUGCCUCAGUGGCUCCCAGAAGGGCCAGCUGGAGGACUCUAUGGCAUUGACAGCAUGCCAGAUCUACGCAGAAAGAAGCCAUUGCCAUUUGUCAGUGAUCUGGCUAUGUCACUGGUCCAGUCCCGGAAGGCAGGGAUUACUUCUGCAAUGGCUACACGUACUUCUUUCAAGGAUGAAGAGCUGAAAUCUCAUGUUUAUAAGAAAACCCUUCAGGCCUUAAUCUACCCCAUCUCGUGUACCACACCCCACAACUUUGAAGUCUGGACAGCUACUACCCCAACCUACUGCUAUGAGUGUGAAGGCUUGCUGUGGGGCAUUGCCCGACAGGGCAUGCGCUGCAGUGAGUGUGGAGUCAAGUGCCAUGAGAAGUGCCAGGACCUGCUCAACGCCGACUGCCUGCAGCGAGCUGCAGAAAAGAGCUGUAAACAUGGAGCUGAGGACCGGACACAGAACAUUAUCAUGGCUAUGAAGGACCGCAUGAAAAUCCGAGAGCGAAAUAAACCAGAGAUCUUUGAAAUUAUCAGGGAUGUCUUCACAGUGAGCAAAGUUGCCCAUGUGCAGCAGAUGAAAACAGUGAAGCAGAGUGUACUGGAUGGCACCUCUAAAUGGUCAGCCAAGAUUACCAUCACUGUGGUGUGUGCCCAGGGCCUGCAAGCCAAGGACAAAACAGGAUCCAGUGACCCUUAUGUGACUGUGCAAGUUGGCAAAACCAAGAAGCGUACCAAGACCAUUUUUGGAAACUUAAAUCCUGUUUGGGAGGAGAAGUUCCAUUUUGAGUGCCACAACUCCUCUGACCGCAUUAAGGUACGUGUGUGGGAUGAGGAUGAUGACAUCAAAUCAAGAGUAAAGCAGCGACUGAAGCGAGAGUCUGAUGAUUUCCUUGGCCAAACCAUCAUCGAGGUUCGGACACUGAGUGGCGAGAUGGAUGUCUGGUACAACCUGGAGAAGAGAACAGACAAGUCAGCCGUCUCAGGGGCUAUCCGACUACAGAUCAGUGUGGAGAUCAAGGGGGAGGAGAAGGUGGCCCCAUACCAUGUGCAGUAUACAUGCCUCCAUGAGAACCUUUUCCAUUACCUCACAGACAUUCAGGGCAGUGGAGGAGUCCAGAUCCCUGAGGCCCGAGGAGAUGAUGCAUGGAAGGUGUACUUUGAUGAGACAGCUCAAGAAAUUGUGGAUGAAUUUGCCAUGCGCUAUGGCAUUGAGUCCAUAUAUCAGGCCAUGACGCACUUUGCAUGUUUGUCAUCCAAGUACAUGUGUCCUGGUGUGCCAGCAGUGAUGAGCACCUUACUGGCCAAUAUCAAUGCCUACUAUGCUCACACAACCGCCUCCACUAAUGUCUCUGCAUCUGAUCGCUUUGCAGCCUCCAACUUUGGGAAAGAGAGAUUUGUAAAACUGCUGGACCAGCUACACAACUCACUGAGGAUCGAUCUCUCUACAUACAGGAAUAAUUUCCCCGCUGGGAGCCCUGAGCGGCUUCAGGAUUUAAAAUCCACAGUGGAUUUGCUGACCAGCAUUACUUUCUUCAGAAUGAAGGUGCAAGAGUUGCAGAGUCCGCCCAGAGCCAGCCAAGUGGUAAAGGAUUGUGUGAAGGCCUGUUUGAACUCUACAUAUGAGUAUAUCUUCAACAACUGCCAUGACUUAUACAGUCGCCAGUACCAGCUGAAGCAGGAGCUACCUCCAGAAGAACAAGGGCCUAGCAUUCGGAACCUGGAUUUCUGGCCCAAGCUCAUCACACUCAUUGUAUCAAUCAUAGAGGAAGAUAAGAAUUCCUAUACCCCUGUACUGAACCAGUUUCCUCAGGAGUUGAAUGUGGGAAAAGUCAGUGCAGAAGUGAUGUGGCAUCUGUUUGCCCAAGAUAUGAAAUACGCAUUGGAGGAACAUGAGAAAGACCGGCUGUGUAAGAGCGCUGACUACAUGAAUCUGCACUUCAAGGUGAAGUGGCUCCACAAUGAAUACAUGCGGGAUCUGCCUGCCCUCCAGGAGCAGGUCCCCAAGUACCCAGCGUGGUUUGAGCAGUUUGUGCUACAGUGGUUAGAUGAGAAUGAGGAUGUGUCCCUGGAAUUCCUGCGUGGGGCCCUGGAACGAGAUAAAAAGGAUGGGUUUCAGCAGACAUCAGAGCAUGCACUGUUUUCCUGCUCUGUGGUGGAUGUCUUCACACAGCUCAACCAGAGCUUUGAAAUCAUCCGGAAGCUGGAAUGCCCAGACCCCAGGAUCCUUGCCCACUACAUGAGAAGAUUUGCUAAGACCAUCGGGAAGGUGCUCAUGCAGUAUGCAGACAUCUUAUCUACGAACUUUCCAGCUUACUGCACAAAGGAAAAACUGCCCUGCAUCCUGAUGAACAACAUGCAGCAACUGAGGGUCCAGCUGGAGAAGAUGUUUGAAGCCAUGGGAGGCAAGGAGCUGGACCCUGAAGCUGCAGACAGUCUGAAAGAGCUGCAGGUGAAACUGAAUGCAGUUCUGGAUGAGCUCAGCAUGAUGUUUGGAAACAGCUUCCAGGUUCGGAUUGAUGAAUGUGUUCGACAAAUGGCUGACAUCCUGGGCCAGGUUCGGGGCACAGGAAAUGCAUCCCCCAACACCAGGGCCUCAGUGGCUCAGGAUGCAGAUAGUGUGCUGCGGCCUCUCAUGGACUUCCUUGAUGGCAACCUCACACUCUUUGCCACUGUGUGCGAGAAGACAGUUCUGAAGCGAGUCCUGAAGGAGCUCUGGCGAGUGGUAAUGAACACAAUGGAAAGAAUGAUCGUUCUGCCCCCCCUUACCGACCAGACAGGCACCCAGCUGAUCUUCACUGCUGCCAAGGAGCUGAGCCAGCUUUCCAAACUCAAGGACCACAUGGUGCGAGAGGAAACACGUAAUCUCACUCCAAAGCAGUGUGCAGUCCUGGACCUCGCUCUGGACACCAUCAAGCAAUACUUCCAUGCAGGAGGCAAUGGGCUAAAGAAAACCUUCCUAGAGAAGAGUCCAGAUCUGCAGUCCCUACGCUACGCCCUAUCUCUGUACACACAGACCACAGACACUCUCAUCAAGACCUUUGUGCGCUCACAGACUGCCCAGGUACAUGAUGGGAAAGGUAUUAGAUUUACCACUAACGAGGACAUUCGGCCGGAAAAGGGGUCUGGUGUGGAUGAUCCUGUGGGAGAAGUCUCUAUUCAGGUGGACUUGUUUACACACCCUGGUACUGGGGAACACAAGGUAACAGUGAAAGUGGUAGCUGCUAAUGAUCUCAAGUGGCAGACAGCAGGUAUGUUCCGGCCUUUUGUGGAAGUGACCAUGGUUGGCCCACACCAAAGUGAUAAGAAGAGGAAGUUCACAACCAAGUCCAAAAGCAACAACUGGGCUCCCAAGUACAAUGAGACAUUCCACUUCCUCCUAGGAAAUGAAGAGGGUCCAGAGACCUAUGAGUUGCAGAUAUGUGUGAAGGAUUACUGCUUUGCCCGGGAAGAUCAUGUGCUAGGGCUGGCAGUGAUGCCUCUAAGGGAUGUGACAGCCAAGGGCAGCUGUGCCUGCUGGUGCCCCUUGGGCCGAAAGAUCCACAUGGAUGAGACAGGCAUGACCAUUCUACGGAUUCUGUCUCAGAGGAGCAAUGACGAGGUCGCCCGAGAGUUUGUGAAACUCAAAUCAGAGUCCCGUUCCACAGAGGAGGGGAGCUGAACAUCUUUGGUUCAUGUGCCAACCAGUGACACUGAUCGCACAAAUCAGAGCUAAUGCGAGUUAGCUGUGUAGCCAAUUUAGGGUCUUUAUAGUCAAGAGAUUGACCCUUUCAGUUAAGGAUAUUUAAGAGAAAUUUGAGGGGUAGCUGAGAGUAUGGCUUUUUCCAGAAAGGGCCAUGAAUCCCUAACCAAUAGGUCUGGGCUAUAGGAGCUACCACAUGGACAGAAUGGACCCAAAAGGGAGAGGGACAGACAUUUCAGACCAACGUUUUUUGGUAGACAUACUUCCACACCCUUACCAUCUCUACCCUUCUUGAGACCACACCAUACCCAGUUAGACACACACCAAUCACUAGGAAAACAAGUGUAGAAAGCCUGGAGUUUGUACCUGGCUGGCUAGAUAGUUGGUUGAGCCUAUGGGUAUUGCUGAACCUUGUGGUCUGCGUUAGAGAGUAGCCAGGGCAGAACCACAUAGAAUAGAAUUAUUCACUGUCCCUUGAGCAGAAUCCACUGGUUUUCUGUGGCUCCAGUGAGAACAAGUCUUUGAAACUGAACAAGCUACCUUCUAAAAUUGAGCUGUGCUAAUCCCUUCCCUCAGGUUAUAUCUGUCAUGGGUAAAACCAGUUUCAUGUGGUGCUUCAGAGCUCUGAGCAGAAUAUUUCUUUGGAACCCAGAUAUGAAGGCCACCUGCCUAGAAUCUCCCUACUUCAUUCCUGUAGGCAGGGGACUAAUGCUUAGGACAUUAAAGGUUGUUCUUACAUGUAUAGACCUGAGGGCUAGAUGAAAGAUCCAGGAGUAUUUUCCUGGGCAGCCCCUGAUCAAAGCCAGAAAUUAUGGAAUCAGUCUAGAGUCAUGCUCACCUAUGGCUGCUACCUUCUGGCUGUCUUUGUGGAAAGAAUCUAGCCUUUGUACUUUCUUCCUGUCAUCUGGAUCAGCUGCUGUUCCCUUCAUAGAUAUUGAACCCUACAGAAGGAGCUUGGACUCUGAUCCCUGUACAAGCUGGAUGGAAGGGGUGGGGCUCAAUACUUCCUGAGAGAUCAUUGACCAACUGGACCUCUCAGACCCUUGCUCAGAGUUGUGACUUGAUCCUUGGAUUUCCUUGAUGAAAGCCUCCUAAACUUCCUGAAGAUGUGGCAUCGUUCACAGCUGUACUGGCCAAUAUAUGAAACAAGAACCAAGUAUCUGUGCUGUUUUUAAUUAUUGUAUGUGCCAUUGUAACAAGAGAUUGUAGGCUAGUCUGUAAUAAAUUAUCUUCUAGCAGUC